AUGUGCUUUGCUGGUGGGGAGGCUGAAACGUUACAAAGGGCUAAAGAACGCUGCUGAGGAACAGGUGGAGGGCAGACAGACGGCAUGACCGAGGAGAAAUGUCCCCAGCUGGUGGACUACUUUGUAUUGGCAGGACUCGACCCUGCGGGGGCCUGGAAGCCCCUAGACGAGUGUGGCAUAAAAACCAGCAACUCCUCCUCGUCCUCGUCCUCGUCCUCGUCCUCUUCCUCGUCCUCGUCCUCGUCCUCUUCCUCGGUCUCGUCGGGACGAGCGGUGGAGUGGGUGACGGACCUGGCAGUGAUCGCCCGGGGGCUCGGGGAGGAAGUGCCCGAGGGCUUCACCUGCAUUGAGAAGACGCUGGGCGGACACUCAGCUGAGCUGAGCACCGGCAUCAUCAACAACCCUCACCUGUACCUGUGCUAUCGCCGGGGAGGGGACAAACCACCCAUACUGGACUUGGGGGUUCUGUAUGAGGGGAAGGAGCAGCUGAAGCCGAGCUGGGUUGUCAUCGAGACGACGCCCUACAGACGCUCGGCCAACUUGAGCUCCAGCUUCGCCCCGAUGGCCCACCGCGUGUUCCUGACGUACCGGCAGGCUCUGGACUCGCAGGGCCUCCACACGCUGGGCGUCACCGACAUCGCCCUGCUGCUGCCCAGAAAAGGGGAGGUCGCCCCGCACACCUUCUGCCGCGUCGACAAGAACCUCAACACCGGCAUGUGGGGUCCCGCUAUGUAUGUGUGCUAUAAGAGAGCGGUGGCCAAAGCCAACGCCCUGGUCUACGAAGCCAGUCUGAUCAGCCGGUACCCGGAAGAGGACCUGGAGGCGUUUCCUCUGCCGGAGAGCGUGCCGGUCUUCUGUCUGCCGAUGGGCGUCACCGUGGAGAGCUGGCCUCUCAACACCAAGUACCAGCUGCCCGUCUUCUCCACCUUCGUCCUCACCUCCGCCUCCGGGGACAAGGUUUACGGAGCAGCCAUCCAGUUCUACGAGUCCUUCUCCAGGGAUCUGCUGUCGGAGCGGCAGAGUGUGCGGCUUGGGCUGCUCAGCGUGGUGGACCGGCGGCCCAUCACCAACCGCAGCCUGCAGGUGAAGAAGAGCAUCUGUGUCCUCUCCCACUGGCCCUUCUUCACCGUCUUCCAGAAGUUCCUCACCUUCAUCUACAGAUACUCCAUCUCCGGACCCCACGUCCUGCCGCUCGAAAAACACAUCUCCAGCUUCAUGCACAACGUCCCGUUUCCUUCCCCCCAGCGGCCUCGCAUCCUCAUUCAGCUCUCUCUGCAUGACAAACUGCUGCUCUGCCAGCCGGUCUCCUCUCCUCUCCCGCUCAGCGGUGCAAGCUUCUUGAAGCUGCUGCAGAACCUCGGUCCAGAAAACGCCUGCACGUUGCUGCUCGCCGUCCUCGCCGAAAGCAAACUGCUGCUGCACUCGCUCCGCCCCGACGUCCUCACCUCCGUCAGCGAGGCCCUUGUCUCGAUGAUUUUCCCUCUGCGCUGGAGCUGUCCCUACAUCCCUCUGUGUCCGCCGCAGAUGGCCGACGUUCUGCUGGCGCCGAUGCCCUUCAUCGUGGGCGUCCACUCCAGUUGCCUCAACCUGAACGACCUCCCCACUGAUGUGGUGUGCGUCGACCUGGACACCAACACCAUCUUCCAGUCGGACAACAAGAAGCCGUUGUCAUGGCAAUCAUUACCCAGGAAACCCAGCAAGACUCUGUUCAACACCCUCACCAACCUCCACAAGACUCUGGAGAAGAUUUGCACCCCCGUCCAGGAGGAGGCGAUGCUGGAGUUCCUGUGGACGGACUGCGAUCAGAUCUACCGGAGCCAGAAGCAGCUGGAGCUGGAGAUCCAGGAGGCCUUCCUUCGCUUCAUGAGCUACCUGCUGCGCGGAUACCGAACCUUCCUUCUGCCCAUCACCCAGGCGCCGUCGAACACCGCCACCGACUGCAGCUCCCGGUUCAACCUGCAGGGGUUCCUGAAGUCUCGGGAUCGAACGCAGCAGAAGAUUUACAGUCAGCUGAUCAGGAUGCAGAUGUUCACUCAGUUCAUCGAGGAGUGCUCCUUUGUCAGCGACCGGCACGCCUGCCUCGAGUUCUUUGACGAGUGCGUCCAAAAGGUGGACGUGGAGAAGCCGGAGGAGGUGAGGCUGAUCGAUCUGGAUGAGAGUCACAGCGGCGAACACACCGUCUUCAUCAUGCCUCCUGAAGAACCGCAGGAAGCUGACGGCUCCGAGUGUCCCUCAGUCUACAGUUAUGAAACCUUCCCCACCCUGAGGCCGGAGCUCUUUGACCGGACGCAGGACCAGCUCCGGGUCCCAGGGAAGGGCAGCGCCCCCAGCAGCCUCACCCUCCGCCGCACCAAACAGGAGAUCAAGUUGGCCCAGCAGCGAGCUCAGAAGUACUCAGGGGUGUCGGACAUGUGGUCCAAGUGCCUGCUGGGUCACUGCUACGGCCUCUGGUUCAUCUACCUGCCCACCUUCGUCCGGGCGGAGAGCGCCAAGGUGCGCGCGCUGCACACGGCCUACGACGUCCUCAAACACAUGGAGAACCACAAGGUGGUGCUGCCGGACGAGGUGUGUUACAGGGUCCUGAUGCAGCUGUGUGGUCAGUACGGUCAGCCGGUCCUCGCCGUUCGAGUCCUGCUGGAGAUGAAGAAGGCUGGAAUCAUACCCAACACCAUCACCUACGGAUACUACAACAAGGCGGUGCUGGAGAGCAAGUGGCCGUCCACCAAUCAGGGAGGACGUCUCCGCUGGGCCAAGCUGAGGAACGUCCUAUUGGCUGUGGCCCAGUUCAGACAGCCAAUCAAACACCGUCAGAAGAGCGGAUCAGUGGGCUCACGUGGAGUUGAUAACAACAGCAAAGGAGGGAUAGGGCAAAGGGUGUCUGAACAGAGGCAGUCUCGGAAAGCUCAAGUGGCUGAUACACUGCUGAAAGCCAAGGAGAGGCUGGUCAACGCUACCUCAGAGAGUUCGUUGUUAGUAGGAAGUGACCUCGACUUGACGGACAUGCCCAGUCCGGCCUAUCCUCUGCGCCGGUCCUGGGACACCAACCAAGAGGGGGCGGGGCUUGAGGGGGCGGGGCUCGAGGUCCUGAUGUCCAGCUGCUCUCUGUGUCACAGCUGUAACUCAUUGGUUUAUGACGAGGAGAUCAUGGCCGGCUGGACGUCGGACGACUCCAACCUGAACUCGUCGUGCCCGUUCUGCUGCACGUCCUUCGUCCCCCACCUGAACGCUGAGAUCUGUGAUCUGGGACCGGUCUGCAGUGUGGAGCGCACCAACUGGAACGUGGAGGACAAUGUGGAGAGCGCCAUGCGGCCCCCCAGUGGUCAGGAGGGCUCGCUGCGACACCAGUGUAACGGUCUGAGUGAAGACUCGAGCUCCGAGACCAGCAGCUACUCGGAGAACAGCAGAACCAACACGGGUUCGUCAGUGGGCGCCACCCCCCUGCAGGAGACAGUGGCCUACCUGAGUCCUCUGGUCCUGAGGAAGGAGCUGGAGAGUCUGCUGGAGAACGAGGGCGACGCGGUCCUGGCCAAGCCCCAGUUCCUGGACAAGCACUCCAUCAUCUUCUGGAACCUGGUCUGGUACUUCCAGCGCCUGGGCCUGCCCAGCAACCUGCUGCAGCUGGUCCGAGCCUCACCGAUGGUCAGCCAGAUCACACAGUCGGACAACUCGGCCGUGAGGGUGCGGCUCCUCUGGGACACCCUGACCCCCGACACAGACCAGUGGCCGCCGCUCUACAUCCUCUGGAGGAUCCACAAGGGCGUCCCGAUGAGAAGCUACAGCUGGCGGAGACACAACCACCCGUUCACCCUGUCCUUUCUGGCGGAGGUGCUGCGCUGCGUCGGCAUGAACGAGGUGCACAAAGCCAUCACGCUCUUCCUGGACACGCUGGCCAAACAGCCGGGCUCCGCCUCGACGCAGAGGAGCGUGUACCGAGAGUUCCUCUUCCUCACUCUGGCAGCUAUGGACAAAGACAGUGUCGCUGCGUUCGAUAAGAAGUACAAGGCGGCGUACGUCCGGCUCAGCGGCAAUCUGAGUAGCGAGGCGCUCCGUAAGAAGCGAGCUCAGCCUCCCAGCGCCAAGGCCGUCGACUGCAGAUGCAGCUUCCACCCGCCGCUCGAAUGCUGA